AUGAACCCGGCAUUCCAGCAAGGAAGCGAAGGCGAACAGUACUUCCGUAUAAAGAGACUCCCAAUGGAGGAGGUGGUGCAGUGGGCAGCCAGUGUGAUGGACCAUGAGCCUGGAACAGAAAAGAAAGCUCAGGCGGAGGGGAGAGUGAGGAGGAUCUCCGCGGACCUGCGCUGUGAGGUUUUGGACGUGAGCGGAGGAGAGAAUAUCACAGAGCUGUGCAAAAGGAAGAAGAAUAUCAAGACAACGCGCUCCCCCAGGCCGAGUGUUGAAAUCCCUGUGACGCGUCCUGAAGACGCAAGAGAACUGAUGAAUGCAGCCAGUCAAGGCAAACUGAAUGUAAUAGAGAAGUAUCUGGCUGAUGGUGGGAACCCUAAUCUCCACGAUGAGCUGAAGAGGACGGCGCUGCAACGCGCCUCUCUGCGAGGACACACCGCCGUGGUCCAGAUGCUUUUGGAGAGAGGAGCCGAUAUCAACUUUAAAGAUCAGCUGGGCUCCAGAGCCGUACACUGGGCCUGCAGAGGAGGAAGCCUGGAUGUCGUCAAAGCCCUGCAGAGCCACGGGGCAGACCUGAACGUUAGAGAUAAGUUAUACAGCACUCCCCUGCAUGUGGCCACAAGAACAGGCCGCACAGCCAUUGUGGAGUACCUUCUGUCCUGCGGUGCCAAAAUCAACUCCAGGGACAGGGAAGGGGACACAGCCCUGCACGAUGCAGUGCGUCUCAACAGAUACAGGAUAGUGAAGCUGCUCAUAGUCGCGGGGGCCGACACAAAAAUAAAAAAUCACGAGGGAGUGACGGCGGUGCAGCAGGUGAAACAAUGGCAGCUUGACAUCAUGGACACCCUGCAGAGGCUGGAGAAGCCGAGGGAGGUGCCGCCCGAGAACACCUCGAGGGAGCGGAGUGAAUAAUGCAGGAGCUCAGAUAUUAUCCUCUCCAUGAAGUCAGUUUCUAUGACACUCUGUCUCAGGUUCAAAACACAUUCUGCAAUUCCACUGUGGGUCUGCGUACAUUGUAUUUGAGCACAUGCUUUAAAUGUGCUCGCCAAUAAAAUCUGCCUUCCAGGGUUAGGCUGUUAAACCUCUGAGAUUAGUCUGAACUCUGACCCUGGAAAAUGUCAGCCUGUGUGUGAUGGAUUCAAAGUGAUCUGCUUAUCUCAAGACAAAAACAUAUGGAGGAGGAAACAGACCUUUAUGCGAGCUUUAGCUUUUGAUAUUCGCUUCCAGAGAGCUUUGUGAUCUCAGGAGCGCUCUCAUGGAUGUUUCACAUCUGAUUUGCGAUGCCUUUGGAAGUUGAAUAAUAUUAAUAGAAAGUGCUGUGCAGGAGCUGAACGCACAUCAAGGGGUCCUUGUUUUAUCGAGGCGACAGACGAGGCCGGAGCACACGGUAGCAGUGUGUGUGUUUGUGUGUGCGUGUGUGUGUGUGUGUGCGACGUCAGCUGACGAUAGCAGAGAUGGCUGGUAUGCCCCCCGCUAAAGUCAGGGAUUCAAGGGGAGCUCAGUGGACAUACUUUCCUUCUACCAUCAGUGGCUCAAAUGUUCCCGAGGGCGGUUGGCCACUCGCACUGGGAACACCGACAGCUCCCCCACUGCUCACAAUGCAGCGUUUAUGAACAGUUAUUCACCAUACAUGCAGCCAUUCACUUCGGAGCACAUUGUGUCCAGCAGAUACUGUGCCGCUGCUGUUUAUUUUUCCAUAAUGUGAAUGUGAAAUUCAUCCGAUGGACUAUCAGCCACAUGCAAUGUUUCCUGUCCCAAGCAAGGAAGUGUGACUGUCAGAGACACAACAUGUACAAGAUUACACUGCGAAUAGUGUUAUUCAGUGUAUCGAGCUGGCCAGUGAUAUUACAGCUUACUUUCAAUGGAAUACAGUAGAAAAACAGGCUUCCCUCUUAAAUCUGUUGGACUCAUACAUUUUUUAAAGCUUUAGUUCUGUCGUUUUCAAUUCCAUGUGAACUGCAAGCAGCGUGCUGCUGCUGCUGAGGGCUGGGGUGGUGUCGAAUGAGAAAGGGGGAUGGGAGAAGCGGUGGCUCCAUGCUGUUCGGCAGCCAAAAACCAGAGGAACCUGUUUUUCAGUCAGGCAUUUAAACUUCUUCCUACAGCUGCAGAUUUCAGCCUAAGUGAGCACCACAGAUUGCUGCUCAUUCAUCUUAAAUGAACUGCCUCCUGUAUAUUACUGUGUCCAAGUGAUACCCAAUGAAAGACACAGGUCUGUUUUUUCAAAGCUUUAAUAAACACAUCAACCAUUUACCGCCUAUGUGAUACCUAUGCCAUGUGAAUGAGGGGGACACUGUGCAGAUGAGAGCACUCAAAGAAACAUUAUAUUGUUACUGGGAAAAAAAGGUAACCAUGGCAAUGAUAUUUUCCAGGCAGGUGAAAGUCUGGACAGGCACGUUUUUUUUUUUUUUGUUUUUUUUUUUUUAAAGCACCAUUUGUUUCCAGCUGGAAAUGGAUGUGAGAUUCCAGUGAGUUCAUUUCCACUUGCGUAGGCAAAGAAGGCUCGGGCAUGCGUUGUGUCCAACACCGGAGAAAGAGCAAAAAAAAACACUGUUACGUGAUCUGAAAUACAGGUUGUUACACAGUUUGCACAUAAAGCCAACACUAAAGUAUCACGCCGUGCUUGUAGAGAGUGACACUGAUGCAUGCACUGCUCUGCUUCUCUCUGUCUCUAAUGUUAUCUUCGAUCGUUGUGAUUGCACACAUGCCGUUCCAAAGGGGGGUAUUCAAAGCAAGCACAAUAUGGGCUCACAAUAUUACGUAUUGAUUUCCUUUUCCCUCAUAGAAUACAGCAACAAUGAAGAUCAGUAACUGCAGCGUUUCAGGCUAGAGACUUCAGGCAUAUUUACAACAGAGUGUGAUAGAAAUUCCCUGUUUAAUCUUCGGACCUUCUGUUUUUUUUCUCGCACACUGAAGCCCCAGAUGGAUCCGUCCUCACUGGUGUGUGUUAAAGGGGCAGUACGUAGUUUUGGGGAAGAAAUUUUAAUCAGAAGGGACAGAUCUUCAUUGACUGUUUUUUUUUUUUUUUUUU